AUGGACCCAUCAGAGAAGUACAACUGGCAGCACACAGAGCAACUUUCCAUCCUCAAGGCGAACUACCUUAGCACAAGGCUGCAAACUGCCAUUGCUACUUUGGUGAAAAAUUGCAAUGACCAUAACGCACCUAAUGUGUCCAACUUUAUUGAAAUGGAACUUAAAAUGAAUUUGCUGCAUUUUGGAUGGACGGUGCUCAUGGGUUUCAAUGUGCGCCAGCCGGCAUUUCUGCAGGACCUGUUGAUCUCCUUCUGGCCAUCCAACUGGCCAGUAUCUGAAAAAUAUAUGGCCAUCGAUCACGCAAUAGCCAACCUGUAUGUGGAUUUUGAUCCCCUCAUUGACGAGCCCCUUGUAGAUGAGGUAGACCGAGCUGGGACCUACUAUUGGUGGACUGGAGAGGGUUCGGCACCCACCUGCACCACCAUUGACAUCCACUUCCAGGAAUGGGUGAUGGAUUACAUCAAUGCUGGGCGCUACCCCUCCACAGGUUUCAUUUCCGAUCCCACCAACCUCCCCAUGCUGCAGCAUCUGGCACUUCCUUUGGAGGCGCUGUGUUUGUGUUUGCUGGCUCAGGCAACCAGCAGUGGCAAACCCAUCACCAUCCACCCUCCAGUCCUUCCAGAGGCUAGUCGCACAGCAGCUCCCUCAAUUGGACCUUAUAACACUUUGUCCAAGGGCGCCAUUGCUCUCGUACAAAGUCGAAGAACCUCCUGUACUUGUACCCACACCUGCGGCUGGUCAGAUCCCCUCCCUCCUCUUUAUGUGUCCACCCCAAUGCUCCCUGCUGGUGACAUUUGGGAGCUGCUGACAGAGGCAGAAGAACUCUCUAGCUCCACCUCCGCUGCCAUUGUGAGGCAGGCUGACACCCUCAGCUUCCUUUCCUGGCAACAUGCAGCAUGGACAGCACUUUGUAACCAGUAUCAGGCAUCAGAGGGGACGAUCAUUGACCCAGAAGUUGGCCAGCACCCCUUCUCUCCUGCGGCCAAUUGGCACCUUGAUUCUUCCCCUUCUCCACUACCUUGCACCCCUCCUGGCCUCAUUCGCAGAUCACCCAGUCUCGAAUUCAUUGAAUCAAGUAGCAGCAAUGGCAUCUGUAGCUGCCAUCCUGAAGUAUAA